AUGGAGUCCACAGUCGGAACACUGUCCAGCACCCCUCCCAGGGACUCCAAGAAGAAGCAUCUGCAACAUCUGGACCUGAGUAGGAACCCUGAUCUGCAGGAUUCAGGAGUUGAGCAGCUGUGUGGUUUUCUGCAGAGUCCACUCUGUCGUCUGCAGACUCUGAGGUUGGUGACCUGCAGUUUGUCAGAGAUCAGCUGUACUGUUGUGUUCUCACCUCGGAAAUCCAACCCCGCCCUCCAGAAACAUCUGGAAGAUCUGGACCUGAGUGAGACCCCUCUACAGGAUUCAGCAGUUGAGCAGCUGUGUGGUUUUCUGCAGAGUCCACUCUGUCGUCUGCAGAAUCUGAGGUUGGAGUUCUGCAGUUUGUCAGAGAUCAGCUGUUCUUCUGUGGUCUCAGCUCUGAAGUCCAACCCCUCCGUCCUGGAACAUCUGGAACAUCUGGACCUGAGUAGGAACCCUCUACAGGAUUCAGCAGUUGAGCAGCUGUGUGGUUUUCUGCAGAGUCCACUCUGUCGUCUGCAGACUCUGAGGUUGUGGAACUGCAGUUUGUCAAAGAUCAGCUGUUCUUCUCUGGCCUCAGCUCUGAAGUCCAACCCCUCCCAUCUCAUGACCCUUUACCUGGGUUCCAACCAGCUGCAGGCUCCAGAUGUGCAGCAGCUGGUUGAUCUCCAGCAGAGUCCAGACUGCAGCCUGCAGACUCUGAUCAUCUCCUCUCUUCUCUCUGCAGGUGGAGAUGAGAGCAGAGCUUCAUCCAGCAGUGAGCGACAGAGGAACCAGCAGAAGAUCUGCAGUGUGAAGAGCUGUGAGAGUCCAGCAUCGAACCAGGGUUCCUCUGGAUGUGACUCACUGGUUAACAGGAGAGUUCCAUGUUAAGAUGGUUGCAGAUCUGUUCCAGACAAAGACAGAUGGUGUUUGACUCCAUGAAUCAGUUUAUAAAAAUGACAGACUUCAGAGCUUUGCUUCAGUAACAGUGAAGCUCCUUUUCUGACCAAAUCAAAUGAUUCCUGGAUUCCAUCAGUGGAUCCUGAACACUGUGUCUACAUAUCCAGGUCUGGAGUCAAGAAGUCAAGUCUGCUUCAGAGAAUCUGCCUGGGAUUGGAAAAUGGUUAAUUUGUGGUAGGGAUGCAUGAUAUGGCAAAUUUUUAACCGAUAACCGAUAAUUAACUACUUCUCAUGGCCGAUGCCAAUAACCGAUAAGUUCAGAUUGUUAUAUUCAAAAUAUUCUUAAAAUAAUCUUUGUACCAAGUUUGUACCAAGGAGAAUAAAAACAUCGAAGAUGCGGCGAUGAAAAAAGUAAUACUUUCGUAGCUCUGGCCUGACUAUAACAGCUAACAGUACAGGCUCUUCACAUGUUCAUUUAUUUUUUGCGAAAAUAUCAGUUACAAUGAGAAACAGUCUAUUUUUUCCAAACAAAAAUAAAUCAAAAUAAAAUCUCCUGUAAUUGUUUAAACAAGCUGUCAAACUUCUCAAAACUCAGUGUAUCAAAUAUGACAUCAAAUACCAACUUAAGCAAAAACUGCAUCCUUUAAGAAAAGGGUUUCACAGAACUGUGACUUGUUUGCCAAAAAACGAAGUGAAACAUUUUUUAACUAUGAAAUAAAAUAAAUGCAUUGACAUGUCAGCCUCAAAUCUAAAAACUAGGGGUGUACUGGUAACACUUUACAAUAAGUGCACACUAUAAAGCAUUAGUAAAUCAUUAAAGUAUUUGGAAGUGAUCAACUCACUAUUAAUUACACAUUUACAAAGUAUUCUUUCACAUUACUUAAGCAUUUAUAAGUACAUCUGUAAAUGCCUUACUAAAUAUGUAUAAUAAAUUAUUUAAAAUACAGUCAUAAUUGAUGAUAAACUACUUAUAAGCACAGAAUAACAUAUGUUGGUCAUUAUUUAGAACAGUUUUGCAAAUCAUAUUGAGCCGAAAGUAACUUUUAAUAAAUCAUUAGUUAAUAGUUAAAUUAUGAUUUGUGAAGGAGUUACAACAAACUUAACACUUCAUUUGUUGUUAACAGCAAGUGUAACUUCUUCAAACACAAUAAGCAUUAACUAAUCCUUAAUUAAGCAUAUGUCAAUGCUUAAUUUGACGUUAAACACAUUCUUAAUUACCGAAUAGUUAUAAUUGUAUGAACCCCUUAGUGAAACUUUUCCCUUUGCCGAACUUAUUUCUUAUAAAUCAUUUAAAACUCAUUCAUAAUUGAUUGUAAAUUAUUAAUAAGAACAAAAAAAAUAUGUUGCCUGUUAUAAGAACAAUUGCAAAUAAUAUUGUGCCUAAAAGUUUCAGUAAAUCAUUAGUUAAUAGUUAAAUUAUGAUUCGUUAAGGAUUUACAACUGACCUAUAAACACUUCAUUCAUGUUAACAGCAUGUGUAACCUGCUCAAACACAAUAGCAUUAACUCAGCCUUCAUUAAGCAUAUGUCAGUGCUUUUAAACAAAUUUUGUAAACACUAUUAAUUGCUACUUUGUAGUUAGUAAUUGAAUAAACCCCUUACAGAGUAUUUGUUUAUGUUAGCUAUCUCAAAUUUCAGGUGUUUGGACAAUCAACUAAGCCUUCACUAAGCACUCAACAUUUCUUACUUAUAAGAUGGCUGUAUUUUCCACGAUAACUCAUUUGUCAAUGCAUAUGAUGUAUUUAGAUAAUAGUUGACCAACUUACUUUUAAAAGACAAUUUAUAACCAGUUAUUAACCCAUUAAAAAAAUAAAUAAUUAGUUGUAAAGCCUGCAUUAGCGGUUAGUAAAGUAUUUCAAGAGACCUUAUCUAAAGUGAUGGUGAAAUUUCCAUUGUAACUCAUUUUUAGAUGGAUAUCAUAUUGUCAUUAAGCAUAACAAACAGUAAAGUAUUUCUUUGUAAUAUCAUACUCUAUAAAUGCCUAAUAACCUUAAAAUAGUAGUUUUAAAGCAUCUGCUAAUCAUUUGUAAAGUAUUUCAAGGGAGCUUUUCUAAAAUGAUGGCAUAUUAUACAUUCUAACUUAUUUAUUAACGUAAAUGAUCCAGAAUUAGAUGCAUGGGAAUGGAAUUUAAGGGAAAAUGUAAGAACGAACACACACAACAGAAGUAGAAACAAAUACUUGUUCAUAUGAAACAUUACUUAAAACACAUACAAAAUAAAGUCUUUCACAAAACAAAUAACGGAGCUUUUCUCAACAAACAUGAGCACAGUAACAAAGUAAUUCUAUAGCUUUGCUCAGUAUACUCAAGGGUACACAACGGGGGUAAAAGUGCUAACAACUUUGCGUCGUUGGCCAGACGCACUGAGGGUACGCAUCAUGAAAAGAGUGGUACUCAACUAUUACUCAACAAUAUCACAUACAAACGAAGCUCAGUUUUUUGAAAAAGUGGACUAUUCCUUUAAGAAUGUUCAGUUAUGGACUCCUAUGAUUGAGAGCACUUACACAGACAUAUUUUGAACCUUUAAAACAAACUAACAAAUGUGACCCUGAGGCAUGUGAUAGAACAUUAUGGCAUAUCAGCCUUGGAUUUCAAGGGAAGGAGUUUCCCAGUGUUUUUUUAAAACCUUGAUGCGGUUUUCAAUUUCGGGAUCUUGCUUAAUUGCGGCAGUGCAUUGGGCCGCAAAUUCCGCCAACUUCCGAGGCCUUCCCUUUUCCAGUUCUUCAUACUUGUGAGGAGCUGCAACAUGAAGCUCGGCGAUGGGGGCUGCAGCCACUACUGUGUUCCGGUCAGGGCCGUCGCGAUAAGGCAGGCAAACCAGGCAAUUGCCUGGGGCCCCCUGCUGGCCUGGGGCCCCAAGACAGCGACUGUUAUGAAUAAAAUGCAACGACAAACCGUGUGAGCGCCCCUUGGCAGCCAAUGUACAAUGACACUGUCAUCGGGAGUCGGGAUCCCCCCUCAAGGGGGGCCCUCUCAGGAGUAGCUGACAGCAUGCAGCAGCCAGCCGGUUUCAUGAGCCCUGCAGCCGGCAAAACAUAAAACAAAUCCAAGGAUGAAGCAAAUUUAUCCAUCCAAGAUAAAAAAAAAAAAAAAUGUUUUUGCCACCUU